GUGUGUAGAAACCUCGUCUGGUUACGGGGCGCCGGGCUCGGACUGUCAGUGGCUGGAGCGCUGCGGAUCAUGUGCAAUGUACAGCGGCCGGAGGGCGCCCCCAGGCCGGGCACCAAGGCGUGCAGGAGCCUGUUCGGGCCGGUGGAUCACGUAGAGCUGAGCCGGGAGCUGCACGCCCGGCUGCGGGAGAUGAGGGAGGAGAGCAGCCGCAGGUGGGACUUUGACUUCCAGAGAGGGGUUCCGCUGGCCAGCAGCCGCUAUGCCUGGGAGGAGACCGGCGAGGAGACCGUGCCCCGCUUCUACCGGACGCCCCGAGCCUCGGCCACACCUGAGCGGUCUCCCGGGGCACUUACCUCCAGCCCCCCGGCUACACCCGACCGGACUCCCGGGGCACUUACCUCCGACUCCCCGGCUACACCCGGCCCGACUCCCGCGGCACUUACCUCCUGCCCCCCGGCUACACCUGACUGCGCCCCGCCUGCACCCACAGCCAGACCCGGAGACAAGAGGCCCCCCGCCCAGAUCACAGAUUAUUUCCCGGCGAGAAAAAAGAAUAAGGUGGUGGCAGCGCUCUGUGACAAGCUGCACGCGGUCUCUCCCCUCCCCACAGAGCACACGCCGCGCAAGAUGAUCCGGUAAGAGAGAUUUGCACUUACGGAGUUGCCCAAAACCUCAACGCAAGCGAGGAGCCGAGGACAGCCGAGAACCUCCACUGAGCCGUGAAAUUAAGGACUGAAAACAAAAAACGGACUUUUAAUGAGCUGCCACUUCUCCGGCAGUCGUGGCUCGUAAUGUUAACUGAACCGUGUUUUUUUUUUUUUUUUUUUUGUUUGGUCUUUUAAUUAUUGUUCUUACUUUAAAGUUUAGUUUCGCCGCUGAGCGCUGGUUUUACCUUUCCUCAUUAAUCCACUUGAGUCAUCGCAUUGCUUGAGUCACAAAAGGUUUUGUGACCCAUUUUCAUCCAUAGAGCUCAUCCCCUGCUUGUUCGGUGUCUGCAGAGGCGAUCAUUCAUCUGGACUGCUUUUACAGGGGUGCGCGCUGCCGCCUCAUUAGCGCCUCUUCACCGCCCAGCGCCAUUCUGAUCUCCAGUCUAGAAAGAGUCACCUUUACACUAGGCACAAUACAGUAAUCUGAAUGCCUACGGCCUGUUUGCAUUAAAGGGGUUAACCGAUCCCCAAAAAAAAAAAAGCCCCCCCCCUUUCCCCAUACGGCGGGCCCCCCACGCUGAAUAUACUUACCCCCAUCCCCGCUAUAGGGGGGGAGCAGCCAACUGCAGGCAGGGAUGGGGACAAGCCUCCCUAGCGUCACAUGCGAUGCUUAGGAGGCUCGUCCCUGGAUGUUUUCAUCCUGGCACUGGGAGAAGCUUCAGCAGCGGUGUGGGGACCCGGGUAAGUAUAUUCAGUGUGGGGGGGCCUUGCAUAUGGGGGGUUUAGGACUGGAUAAUCCCUUUAAGAGAGCUCAGCUAAGUAUGUUUUUCAGUAAGCUUACUGACGGUUUCCACUGGCAGUCAGCAGAAUUAAGAAUGCAGCUCUGAAGUGUAAUAGCGGCUGUAACUCAGGAUCAGUAAUUUACGGUGACUGUUGUUUUUUCUUUUUUUUUUUUUAUCGUUGUCCGCAUACAGGGUCCUUCUGUUCCCUCCCCCACCCCACACCGCCGGGAGUAAAGCAUGCGUAUCUGUGCCUGCCGCUGGUUCUGGCUCCUUCAGUCCCCUACUGAUGCGUUCCAGCCUCACUUGUCAAUGUCCGGUUUGGCGGGGGUUUAUGUGUGCCACUGCAACCAAUGACUGGCCGCAGCAGUGAUGUAUUCCCCGUGCAUUACAUCAUUGGGUUACAUGAUGCAUGGUGGGGGGGCACGUCACCACUGCAGCCACUCACUGGCUGCAGCAGCACACAAAGUCCCUGUCAAACUGGAUGUUGACACAUGGCAGCAGGUGACCAAAGGAGGCAGAACCCAGCAGAGGAGAGAAGGUAAGCGUGCUCAUCUCCACAGGUUGAGCGAUGUGACGGGGGGGCAGGCUGAACUCCGCAUGUGGACAAUCCCUUUAAGGUGUAUAAUGAUGGCAUAGGCAGACACUAUGCUUUCAACAUUUAAUGUGCAGUGUGCUUGGAAGAAUAUAUUCCCGCGCUGUGCACACUCCAGAUGUGUGCAAUGUACAAGGUUAUUGUUACUGUAUUUCUUUUCUUUUAUGUUUGAGAAGUUUACUAACUUAUAUUUUCUAUUUAUAAAAGUGUGAAUGAGCCCUUCUGCUUCUCCUGUACGGGAAAGGCACUAUAUUCACUUGUUUGCAAAGUUUGACUUUCUGUUGUGAGCACAUUGAACUCUCUCCUAUCUACAGACAUGCGGUGCAUUUAUUUAUAAUUGGCUUCAAUGAAACUUUCUUUUUAAUUAUA